UCAGGGCGGACAAAAGCUCCGCGAUACCGUGCUUGCCAUAUAAUAAAUAAUGUAUAAGAAACUAAGACGCAAAUUCGGAUAUCAAAAGCAAUAACAAAACAACAUUCCAGAGAAUAGGCGUUCGAUCGCUAGAUUCGUGUUCGACUAAUGUAAAAUAAUCGUAAAAGAAAUGCCCUCCGCGGAACCACCGAUGAAUAACGGGGACGAACAGCAAUCCUCAUCACUUCAGGACAAUCGUCAGCAUGAUCAAAAUGGGCAUGGUGAUGAAAACGAUGGCAACCACAUUUUGGCGGAAUCGAAUCAAACCGUAUCCCGGGAUCCCGACCGUCAGUUGAUACCGGCCGAUCGCAUUCUGCACGUGGAGGACUGUCCCGGGGCACCGUUGGAUCUGCCGACUGUGCGUGAGUUCACGCAGAACGACAAGAUCAACAAAUUCCUGCUGAAUUCUUUCCUGCAGCUAAUUAACGAAACCGAUCUGGAACAGGUACGGGAUAACGACACUAACGGGGAUAGCGAGCAGGAUCAGGAUUUUGAGGCGUAAGGUUUUGAGCAAAAUUUCUUCGCUAUUGAAGAUAGUUUAGAUUAAGUUUUGUAUGUUAUUAUUGUGGUGUCAUUUUAAAGUUUUCGUUGCUACUGAUGAUGAGUGAUGAUCGAAUAAAGAUAUGGACGGAAUAUUGAGUGAAAUUUA